AUGCCCACCAUGCCAGCUUCGUGGGCGACAGCACAACGGGCAACAGGGCUCCUUCUGUACAGCUGUUUGUUCUUGCUACUACCGACACGGACGUCUGCUGCACCCCUCACAGAGGCCAAUGCAAAGUGGAACGUCAACCUAGAGGAGCGCCAUGCGCCGGAAAGCUAUCGAGGUGAGUGGAGAAAUCACACUUACUUCCCGUCUCCUGGCGACUGGCGCUCCCUAUCCAUCUACCAGUUGAUUACAGAUCGCUUCGCCGAUGGCGAGCCUCGCAACAAUGACCUUUACCAAGGAGGCUUCGACGUUCGAGACAUGACGUAUAGACACGGCGGGGACUUCUUGGGCCUGACACAGAAGCUGCCCUACAUCAAGGGCAUGGGCUGCCAAGGCAUUUGGAUCUCACCCAUCUUCCAGAAUGGGUUUAAUUCGUACCACCAGUACUCGCAGACAGACUUCACGCUCCUGGAUCAGCGCUUGGGAACUUUGGAUGAGCUGCGACAGCUGGCAGAUUCAGCACACCGGCUUGGGAUGUAUGUGAUCGUCGACGUGGUGAUGAACCACAUGGGCAACGAGUUCUUCUUCGAAGGCCACCAAGGCGAAUCGGCCCCAUUCCGAAUCCACGAGGAGGGGUCUCGCCGGGAGUACCACCUGCGACCCCGAAGGUCCAACUCGGAUCUGCACUGGACGCCGGCCGGUCGACAGCCGUACAUAGACUUCUGGUACAACAACACCUGGGAUGCUGAUGCUUCUUACCCAGGCACCCUCUACGGCCAGCAUGGUGAACCUGUUGAGGACCAAGGCCAGGGAACUUACAGCAGCAGCGACUUCCACCACAACGGUGACCUCCAGGACUACUACGACCCUUUCCAGAUUCACUUCGGAAAGCUGUAUGGCACCAUGGAUGACCUCCGGCUGGAGCAUGCGCGCGUACAGCAGAAAUACAUUGCCAUGAGCAAAGCACUGAUAUCGAGCUGUGACAUUGAUGGCUUCCGUGUGGACACGCCAAUGCAAGUGCCCCUCAACUUCUACAAGGCCUGGGCGCCGGCUGUCAGGGAGCAUGCCAAGUCAUUGGGCAAAGCCAGUUUCGGCUUGUUCGGCGAAUUCUACGUGACCCCAGAGCGGUAUGCCACGAUGACAGGCCGAGGGCGGGAUCGAAAUAUGUAUGGCACCGACCGCUUCAUCGACGGGCCGGCCACCAUGAAGGGCGGGAUCGUGUACUCGUAUUACUGGUACAUGUUCACCGCCUUCGUGUACUCGCAGCCUCAGUAUGCUGAUGGCUUCGCCCUGGCUUAUGCUGAGGAAAGGAGCAUGAUCGACGUAUACGACCCGGCAAACGCCCAAAACGAGUACGCCAUGUGGAACUUCUGCAACAACCACGACAACUGGCGCCUGCAGAGCAUGACCAGCACCCGGCACCUCCAUGUCUGCUUGGUGGUGAUCACCUUCUGGCCGGGUAUUCCGCUGCACUACGCAGGGGACGAACAGAACUUCGACUCGCCGGGCAGCGCGCUCGAUGGCUGGGCCCGGGAGGAGCUUGGAGCCUCCCUGGCCUGGCAGGCGGUGCCCACUCACCAAUCAGGGAAUGUGGCCAGUCGGGACAACUUUGACAUGACUUCGGGCAACUAUCUGUUCAUUGCCCGACUCAACGCGCUGCGUCGCGCGCACUUCGAGUCUUUUGGCAGUGAGGAGUGCGACAAGCUCAUGACCCCGAGCCCACCGAUCCAAGAUGUCCUGGCCUUCAUCCGCGGUUGCUCCGAGGAACAGCGUGUGGCGGUGCUGGCCAACUUCCAUGGCACCGAGACGCGCGAAGCGCUGUUGUGGUCGCCGUGGCAGGAACAUACCGAGCUGCAGGACAUCAUUGCAACAUCCGGGCAGCUGCGCAUCGUCGUUGGAGCCGGGGGGCGCUUGCAGACCUCCCUGCCGCCCUUGGCGGCCGUGGCUUUGGUUCCGGGCCUUAGGAGGUCGAUUCCUCCCAGCGUGGUGGCCGUGUCCCCCUCCCAUGCGGCGGUGCUCUCUGGCCCUGCAGGAACAGUGCAGAUCGUCCUUUCCUUUGAUCAGCCGAUGCACAGCUCCGCUGCCGACGGCGUCUCUUUGGACGGUUUCGCUGGCAUGUUCUCGUGCAUGACGGCCAACUGCACGAAGGUGGCGGCCACCAUGCUCUUCGAGACCUUCUGCGAUGGCGUGCACGUGGUAGAAGCAUUGGAAG